AUGUCCACGUACAGCAACUACACCUACGCGAGGAUGUCCCUCAACAUCGUUGUUGCUCACUCGCGCAUCGAGGUUGAGGACGAGUACACCCGCUUGGUCAAGAGGCUCAAGCUUUCCGACGAUGGCCUGCAGACCAUUCGAAAGUGCCUCGCGAAUUUGUCUCGCAAUGCCGUUGGCAAGAAGCGUCUGCGCAAGAAGUUCACGAAGUCCUUGCGCAAUGCUUCCCCAAGGUCUGACCACACUGGAGGCCCUCACUUCGCCUUCACGUUCACUCUCGCAUCCCUUGCGCGACCCUCGGAGGCGGUUCCUGUGGCUAUGGAGGACAUCGAGGUGCUCAUGCCUAGUAUCGACCUAAUAUACGGCGGACACAACGAUCUUGUGGUCGUCUCGCAGCAGGAUCAAGUUCCGAUGCACAUCGACAGCCAGUCUGAAGUCAACUGCGCGGGCUCGAGAACAUCGGCCUCCAUCUCCACCGUAGACAUGGAGACGGAAGAAAUGCAAGGGGUUUCUCAUACUCCUGACGUACCUGCAGACUCACCACGCGACGCUGAACAAGCCGACGACGCCCCUCAAGUCGUCACUUCCGUCAACAUGGACAUCUCCAUUCCCCGCUUCCUCCUACAAGGCACUGCCCUCAAGGUCCGCCGUUCGCCUCCAGGUGCUGUCCGCGGCCUCGGAAAGGCGCGGCAACGUAGAGUUGCAGCGACGGUAAUCCCUUACCGCAAAACCAGCAGGCCCCAGUGGUAUGCGACAGCCUCGCGACUCGGUGGAUCCUUGACCGUCCCGGAGCAGUUCGCUUCGACGUCCAUGGAGGGAGCCCCAGCUUCCCCUGGACGUAUCUCUUCCGCCAAAUCUUUCCUUCGGCUCGUCAAGCCGUUCAUAUCGCUUGAUGACGAUGACGACGACAUAACCACUUCGACCGUGGAGGACGUCGUUCCAGACGUUCUCGUGGAGACCAAAGAGGGGUCUCCUAUACAAGUCGAAGAGGUCGGAUGUCGUUUUGAAUCGACAAUCCCGAUAGGAGAGAUCCAUGGCGCGCUCUGCUUUUCGACUCCUGUGGAGAGUGACGAGCAUUCUGAAGACGAUGGCGAGGCCCCUUUUAGCGACUCCGACGUUGCUGGGUUGCUCGCCUCCGAUGAGGAGCCUCAGGCCGAUGUUGAGCUCAUUGAGAAUGUCGCUGAGGCUUCUGAGCUAUGCGACUGUGGGUCGCCUGUACCUGUUCCGGUGGAGGAAAUUGGACAGGAUGUCUUUGGAUCAGUCCUUCGUCUUCUCGCCCCGAUCACCGACCGGAUAGCGCAGGAUACCACCUUCGAGGAGUUCGACACCUCCAAUGAAGAGGACGGAAGUGCAGAAGAUUCACUAGAUGAUGAGGUCAUCCACCACAGUAAAGAGGACAGUUUGUUCAACCUGGCCUCAAUACGUGCGUCGUCGUCAUUGUGCUGUAUGGAGAACGCGAACUCGUCAGCUUAUGACGCCGACAUCUCGGACGAGUUCUCUCUGUAUCCAGUCUCUGAUGACGAAGAGGAUUCUCUCGUCGCCUUCUUCGAACUCCGGGAAUGUCAGGCGUCAGUAGUUGUACACAGGGAGGAGAUCGGGGAGCUCGAAUCAGCGGCCACUGAUUCCUGCUCCGGACGGCUCGUCUCUCACCUGGAUGAGUGUUUUUGCGAGGAAAGCUCGCUGCAUGCUUCCGCUUCGCAUCUGACCGCCCUCUCUUCCUGCACUUCGGAGAUCUGGUACGACGCUCUGGACUAUCCAUGCGACGGUCUUCGCACACCGGCUUUCUCUCUUGGCGACAUUCAAUCCGCCUGGGACGCCGUCCUCCCUGGCUAUGCCCAGUCCUCUCUUUCUGCUACCGGAACCUGGAUCGACCUCAAUUCCUCCACCAGCCUUCCCGGUACCAUGCCUGGCGCCUUCAACGUCUCCGGUCUGUCCGACUCGCCCCUCGAGUCACUCUAUGACUGGACUUCAGCGGUGCCGAUAUCUGUGCUGCUCUCCGUUGGUUCGCCUCACCUUACGUCCGACUUUCUCUGGGGCUCACUUGGUGAUCUCGCCCCCGCUGAACUUCCCGCUGCGUCAUCCGAGCCCUUCGUCUCAGCCCUUGACGACCCCUUGGAGGCGCUACGCCGCGACAUGCUCAGCCUUCUUUGCGACGACUCACCAUCCCCUUCCGAUACUGCCUGCUCCUUUCAGCUGCCUGAAGACGACUUCCCGCUGUGGGUGCUGAACAACGCGCCUUCCGAAGACCUUGCCGACCACGAGGUAUCUUCGAUGGUGCCGACCUCAGUCCCUGCUCUCUCUCGUACUUUCCCUGGCGCUUGGGAAGAAGGCUUCGAGUCUGUAGACGACCUCUGA